AUGGCGCAGAGCGUGGGUUCAUACACGAACCCGCUCAAGAAGUUCAAGCUGGUCUUCUUGGGCGAACAAUCAGUCGGCAAGACCUCACUGAUCACCCGAUUCAUGUACGAUUCCUUCGACAGCACAUACCAAGCCACAAUCGGUAUCGAUUUCCUUUCCAAGACCAUGUAUCUCGAAGACCGCACAGUCCGCCUCCAAUUGUGGGACACAGCAGGCCAAGAACGAUUUCGAUCUCUGAUCCCCUCAUACAUUCGCGAUUCCUCAGUAGCGGUAGUCGUCUAUGAUAUCACAAGUCAGAAAUCCUUCCAACAGACACGGAAAUGGGUCGACGAUGUGCGAGGCGAAAGAGGAAAUGAUGUGAUCAUCGUGCUUGUGGGCAACAAGACGGAUUUGAGCGAGAAGAGAGAGGUCACGGCACAGCAGGGAGAAGAAGAGUCCAAGCGAUUAGGUUGUAUGUUUGUGGAAACGAGCGCCAAGGUUGGGCAUAAUGUGAAAGGGCUGUUUAAGAAAAUCGCUCAGGCUUUGCCUGGGAUGGAAGGGGAGGGGCAGCAAGGUCCGGCGAAUACUAUUGAUGUGAAUGUAAAUGCCCAAAAGCCCGAGAGCGAAGGUGGAUGUAAUUGCUAG